UGGGUGGAACCUCCAGCCGGAGGGGCAGUCGGCCGCAGGGGCGGGGCUGCUGCGGUUCGGACCAGGGACCCGCCCCGCCAGACAUAAAAGGCGGGCCCGGCCGUCCUUCUGCUCCUCCUCUUCCUCGUAUCGUCGUCGCGGGCAGCGCCAUGGCCGGGGGGGUCCGCCGGGCGCUGGUGGUGCUGGCCCACCCGGAGCGCAGCUCGUUCAACUACGCCAUGAAGGAGGCGGCCGUGGAGGCGCUGCAGCAGCGCGGCUGGACCGUCGCCGUCUCCGACCUGUACGCCAUGCGCUUCAACCCGGUGCUCUCCAGGGACGACGUCGCCGGCAGCCCCAAGGACCCCCUCGAGCCCUUCAGCUACCCCGCCGAGGCCGGCCGGGCCUGGCAGGAGGGGCGCCUGAGCGCCGACAUCGUGGCCGAGCAGAAGAAACUGGAGGCGGCCGACCUGGUCAUCUUCCAGUUCCCACUGCAGUGGCUUGGGGUGCCAGCCAUCCUCAAAGGGUGGUUCGACCGGGUCCUCACUUCGGGCUACUCCUACUCAGGCAUGUAUGAUCAGGGGCCUUUCCAGAAAAAGAAGGCCGUGGUCUCCUUCACCACCGGUGGGUCUGGCUCCAUGUACACCCCCCAAGGCAUCAAAGGGGAUGUCAACAUCCUACUCUGGCCACUGCAGAGCGGCACCCUGCACUUCUGCGGCUUCCAAAUCUUGGAGCCCCAGAUCGCCUUCAGCAUCGCCCACACCCCGCCGGAGGCUCGUUCCCAGAUCCUGGAGGAGUGGAAGAAGAGGCUGGGGAGCAUCUGGGAGGAACAGCCCCUCACCUUUGCCCCAAGCAGCAGCUUUGACCUGAGCUUCCAGGGGGGGUUCGUCCUGAAGGCAGAGGCCCGAGAACAGCUGCAAGGGCAGAAGUACGGGCUGACCGUCGGCCAGCACCUGGGGAAGCCCCUGCCGCCCGACAACCAGGUCAAAGCCCAGAAGUAGCAGCCGGGGUCUUGCAAGGACGCGCCUACUUUCCUCGGGCAGCCCCUGCUCACGUGUGCCUUGGCUAGACGGCUCUAAAGGGAGGAACCUCUGACUGUAGACAGAGGUCAAGCCAGCAGAUCAAAAAAACAUACCGGAGAACUUGCAGGUGGCAUCCGAAACGUUCUCUUCUCUGCACUUGCCCUGUGGGCUGCACUUCCCCUUCUGAACUGUGGACUCCCUUCUCUCUGAACCCACCAGCCAGCCCUUGCUGCACUCCAGAGCCAGCAUUUAACUUCCCAGAUGUUGCCUUCUUUCUGCUCUCGUAGCAUAGUGGGUGGGGUUUCUCUUGCAGCACUCUGUCCAUGUGCAAACCCAAGUCUUCAAAUAAAGAUGUUUUUAACCACUGCA